AUGCGCCUCAAAGAUGUUUUCUCUAGGAAACAUGGAAAUAUCGUGAAAGCAUCAAGCUGGCGCGAAGCCGACUCAACUAGGAACAAGAACCCUCAGGAUGGCUCAGCAGCAUCACUGGCGGGUGGGAUGGGGUCUCUAAACCUCGAUGGUCCUGACGUCGGACUAUCUGAUGUCGAAAGAGUCUCUCAGCAUGAAACGCCUGCUAAAGCUUCAAAAUUUUGUAAGAAAAGUUACUGGGCCAUAGCAGCCCAGCAACUGCAACGAGCGCAGCCUGCAUUGGCUGAAGCUCUGCUGAAAAUCCAGAGUGCCGCACUACUAGAAGGCCAGAACCUCGCCGAGUCUAUCCAAGCGCUCAAAGACAUGGGCAGCCAAAUAGCAGGUUUAGACCCUCUCCAUGCUGGUUUGCCAUGGGCUGGAUUUUGCCUGUUGAUGCAAACUGCGUUAAGCGAAUCUGAUCAAUACGCCGCUAUGGUCGCUGGUGUAGAAGAAGUCGCCAAGCUCAUUUCCCGCUAUACGCACGUCGAGUUCAUAUGUCAAAAACGGCAGGAGGUCACUCUCGAUAAUUAG